AUGGUGCAACUAAAGUCCUUCGUUUCCAUCGCCUCCGUUGCGCUGCCCCUCGUCUCUGCGGCCUCCGAUGUCCUUAACUUGAUCCCUUCCAAUUUCGACACUGUUGUCUUCCAGUCCGGCAAGCCAGCAUUGGUGGAAUUCUUCGCCCCGUGGUGCGGCCACUGCAAGAACCUAGCACCCGUCUAUGAGGAACUGGCUACUGCAUUUGCCGCUGCUGGCAACAAGGUCUCCAUCGCCAAUGUCGAUGCCGAUAAACAUAAAGAUCUCGGAAAGAGGUUCGGAGUCCAGGGAUUCCCCACGUUAAAAUGGUUCGAUGGCACGCCGGGGACUGAGCCAGAGGACUACAACGGCGGCCGCGAUCUCGAGAGUUUGACCAAAUUUGUGACUGAGAAGUCUGGCGUCAAGACCAAGGCUCCAAAGAAGGCGGCAAGCCACGUCGAGAUGCUGACCGAUACUACUUUCAAACAAGAGAUUGGUGGAGACAAGGAUGUUCUAGUCGCCUUCACGGCUCCAUGGUGUGGCCACUGCAAGACUCUUGCUCCCGUAUGGGAGAAAGUGGCAGCCGAUUUCGCCUCUGAAUCCAAUGUCCUUAUCGCCAAGGUCGAUGCUGAAGCUGAGAACUCCAAGGCUACCGCACAAGCGCAAGGAGUCACAGGCUACCCAACGAUUAAGUUCUUCCCAAAGGGCUCUACCGAACCCGUGGCGUACGGCGGUGGCCGAACUGAAGACGCUCUCGUUGACUUUGUCAACUCCAAGGCCGGCACUUUCCGUGUCGCUGGCGGAGGGCUCAACUCCAAGGCCGGGACUCUUGAGGCCCUAGACGCUAUCCUCGCGACCUACGUGAGUGCGAACGGCCUUAAGGAUGUCGAAAAGGCCACAGCCGAGAUUAAGAAGGCUGCGGCCGACCUGAAAGACAAGUCUGUCGAAUACUACCUCCGGGCUCUGUCCAAAUUGACUGGCAACCCCGAAUACGCGAUGAAGGAACAGACCAGACUGGCUGGCCUGUUGAAGAAGGGUGGUCUUGCCACCGAGAAGAUCGACGACCUCCAAAAACGGAGUAACAUUCUCGCGAAGUUCUUGGUCAAGGAUGAGUCUAAAAGUGAGCUGUAG